AUGAAAGAGGAGUCUAGGAAUUCAUUUUGGAAGGUAAUUUCAGGUUCGGAAGAACGUAAUAAAGGUGGAACCAAUAAACGUAUUGUAGAAGGGGAUAAAACCAGACGCGUAAAAGACAAUUUUGUCUUAAUUUUCUGUGCGCGUUUAAAAGAUGCAGGGGAAAUCAUAGAAGAUACGCGUUUACAAAGAAAUUUAGGAGUACGCCGUGAAGGACGUAAACGAUUGGUGCGUCGUGUAGAGGGGGUACAUAAAUCUAAGAUGAUAUUGGGAUCAGCCUCGUAUUUAGAAGCCCAAAUAGUUAAUGGAAGAGGAGGGGGGAAAGCGAAAUCCUUUUUUGAAUCCGCAGUAGACGAAAGAGAGUCCAAACGCAAGUGUAAAAGGCAUUUUUGUUCAGAAAGAGAGUCGUCUAGUAGCCGGAGAGGGCCAAAAGCGAGAUUUAUUGAACUCGAAAAUAUUAGCGAUUGA